GAACAGCGGGAGAGAUCGGGGGGAGGGGAGGACUCCGCCGUGCCCUGGCAUCUCACCCGCGCGCGCCCGCCCCCCAAGCCCCGUCCCGGCCGGCCCACAUGGCGCAGCCCCCCUCACGCUCGCUCCCUCACUCACUCUGCCAGGCCAGUGUGGCGAGCGACAGCGGCAGCGCACUCACUUACUCACUCACCCACGUACUUACUUACUCGCUCAGUCACUCCAGGAAUGUUCUGAACAUGGCUGCCGGCAUGAAAGCGCACAAGAGCGGGCUGCUGGAGCUCCGGACCACUGCUGACCGCUGGGUGCGGGUUCUCGCCAGCCUCAGCGAAGAGACUCUAACGGUGAGUCCGGAGAAAGGCACUACAGAACCGCCGGUGAGCAGCAGCCCUGCCGCAACAGCGGGGACAGUGAACGGGGAAGCUGCACACUCGGGCUCGAGCUCUCCGAUCCCCGACUCGAUAGCCAACUCCAAGCGCACCGUGAGAGUCGUCAAGCAGGAUGUCGGAGGGCUGGGAAUCAGCAUUAAAGGUGGAAAGGAAAACAAGAUGCCCAUUCUGAUUUCGAAGAUUUUCAAAGGCCUAGCUGCAGAUCAGACAGAAGCUCUCUAUGUUGGCGAUGCCAUCCUUUCAGUAAAUGGGAACGACCUAAGAGAUGCCACGCAUGAUGAUGCAGUGCAGGCACUGAAGAAAACUGGCAAAGAGGUUAUCUUAGAAGUGAAGUACAUUAAAGAAAUGUCUUCAUAUUUCAAGAAUGCUUCACCUGGUGCCACAGUUCCCUGGGAUUCGCCGCCUUCAUCUCCCCAGAAACAGAGGGACCCCGCGUCCCCCACUCAAGGCAUGGGAGAGCUCAAAGACGGAAGAGCCAUUCAGCUAAAGAUGUGCCAAGUUUUCAGGAAGGCCUGUGCACCAGACACAGACAACAGGUACAUUGAAGUCAUUUCCGCUGAUCGGAAGUUAACCUUCUUCUUACGGGCUAAAGAUUCAGCUAUGGCUCAGUCGUGGUACACAGCUAUUCAAACAAAUGCCAGUGCCCUUCUCCCCCGCGUCAUAGAGGAACUGAAAAGUCUACAAGGGAACACAGAAGGAAAAGGAAUCAAACACAUUGGGUGGUUAAUUGAAAAGCCCUCUCACGGUGAGGAGAAGUCUGUGUUGGCCAUGUUAACAGAGACGGAUCUGCUUUUUUACCAAAAAUUACCAGACAGCAGAGAGGCAUUGAACAGCUCAGAGCACAGCCACCCACUAAUAGCCACAAGACUGGUACAUUCUGGGCCUGGCAAGGGCCCUCCUGGACUUGACUCAGAUCUUACGUUUGCGCUACGCUGUGGCACACGGCAGGGGGUGGAGACGCACAUAUUCUCAGUGGAUACAGCUAAAGAGCUUUCCAUCUGGACAAGACUGCUAGUGGAUGGAUGUCAUAGUGCUGCUGAACUCAUCCAGGAAGUCACUGCAGCUUGUACCUGGAAUGGAAAAGACUGCAUAUUGGCCAUCCACAUCGACAAGGGCUUCACCCUUUUUACAGAAGAAGUAGGCCAUAGCAAGUUAGUUCUUUUUCACCAGCCAUUUGAGAAGCUAAAGAUGUCUUCGGAUGACGGAAUUCGUAUGAUGUACCUUGACUUUGGUGGCCCGGAGGGAGAAAUUCAACUAGACCUUCAUUCCUGCCCUAAAACCAUUGUCUUCAUCAUUCACUCAUUCCUGUCUGCCAAAGUGACGAGACUAGGCCUGCUUGCUUAGGAGCAUCGCAGCGGAGGAACAUCUGAAAGCAUGCCCACCUCAGAGUGAAGCCCGUCUCAUGGGAAGCCUAGGAAUGGACUAAUACUAUGGAAAAGCCUUAAUUCACACGGUGCCUUUGAAUUGAUAUUUUCCACUGACUGAAUGGAUUGCAUACAACACAUGGAUAUGCAGUUUUUCCAGCUUCCAGAAUGAGACGGGUAUCGCAGCUUUUCCAUCAAAUGUGAGAGAAAACAAAAAACCCAAAUGACUGUCUGCCUAAUUAACACUAAACCAGUGAUCUAAGAACAUGUGACAUUUCAAAGUGUGCACUCUAGGGCCGCAAAGUGAAAGAGUGAAUUUUUACAUUGUCAACUGAGUGAUUAUUUAGCUAACUGUUAAAUUCAUUCUGACACGCUAAAGCAAUAUUCAAGAUGUUUUAUAAGAGGAAUACGAGUCCUUUUUUUUUUUUUCUGAUGUCACUGUAGAGUAAAUUUCUUUGUGAAAAUCUUGAUGUAAAGUAUGUGGCUUCUUUCUAAACUCCAGAUGACUGGCACUGAAUAAACAAACAGUAAGUAGCCACAGAUCAUUCACCAUAAACAGAUAUUGUACAGAAUAUGCAAACGAUCUGAAGAUUGUGGAUAAUUUACCUCACCACUGGGAGAUUUUUAUUUUCAUUUUUACUCUGAAGAGUAUUUCUAUUUGGUGCUUUGACCUCUGAUAUAAACAUAUGCAAUUUUGUUGUUUCAGUAUUCAGAAUUAUGCUAUGGAUUAUGCCUAAUCAACCUUUGAAAUUGCAGUGUGAUUUAAAGAUCCAAUAAGAAAUGUCUCAAUAAGACAAACUGGCAGUAGUCUUUUAAAGAUUUCUUUGAGUGGUUAAUUAUCUUUUAUCUGUUGGUAGACUUACAGUAAACUCUCUCAUAGCAAAGGAAGUUCACGAAAAUCAUAAGAAAUUUGACAAAUGAGAGGAGACCGUUCAGUCCGUCAAGCCCAUUUGUUUAGCUAAUAUCUUCCAGACAUACUGUAAUUAAAAUAUCCCCUUCUGUUUCUAGUUUGUCUAAUAUAAAUUAAAAAAUAGAGAUGCGUGAACACAUAACAUACAGCACAACAAUAGCAAUAAUGACAUCCAAGCCAACUUCUGAGCCAGUGGCACUUGAGCAACAUCCACUGACAAUGGAGUCACGUGCUGCCAACAUUCAGUUCUUCUCCUUUUUGUUUAUAACAAAGUGAAACAAGUUUUAAUUAAAUAACUUAAUAAACAAACAUACUCAUAAUUUGAUGUUUCGAUCCGAGAGAGUUUACUAUACACACACACUAACGGCAUUUAGAAAUGAAUUUCUACCGUAAUUAUUUGUACACAGUCCUUUCCGCUUGUACUCUUUACUAUGCACGAGAGCCUUUUCUCACUUUAGUUUUGUUUCGUAUGUUCUUACCUGAAAUUUAGUUUGUCGGCCGCUGUUCUUGACAAUCAUGUAUAAAAGUGCCUUCCACUACUUUGCACAAAGAAACAAAUCGGCCAAUCACAGCACAGCUUACGGAGUUUAUAGUUUCUAAAAAGAAAAAAAAAGAUAUACUACUGGAUAUGAUGAAUUGAUUUAUUUAAAAUAUAUAUAUUAAUAAUUUAAUCAGAAAUCUGCCUUCAUCCCUGUAACACUAAAAAGCAAAAGGAAACAAACCUAGCAGCACGCUACAUCUUGUUCAGAUUGUCAUUCUGCUUGUCACGUUUUAGCCUUGCCUAUGAAUUCAGAUUGUGUUUACAUGUUUAAACUUCUUGGGUAUUUAUAAAAAAUUUUGAUUCUAAAAUUAUUUUUUGCUUAUAUUUAAUUCAUUUUGUAUUCAAGUGUCUCCUGUCCCUUGAAGAUGCAUGAGGAUGUAGUGUCAACCAUGAUUUUAUAAGUGUCUUUGCCAUUUUUAAGUGUUCACCCUAUGAAACACGUACCAUCGUUUUUAGUAUGGUUCUAUUUAAAAGUGAUUAUUUUAAAAAUGUGUUUCCAUAACAGUUGAGAAAACAAACCUUACUCUUGCUUGUUGCGCACUGUGCUUCAAAUUCUGGGUAAAAGCCUUCUUCCAGCAGUGUGAUGCCAUUUCCCACCAGCAGAGGGCAGCACAAAAUGUCAAAAGUGCACAUUUUCUUGUCUUGCAAUGGGACAGACGGAAAAUAUGAGCUUCCAAGUAGGAACACCCUUUGAAAUGGCACCCAGAAAGACACUGCUACCCAAACUCGUUAUGAUCUUACUUCAUUCAAUUAUAUGAAAGAACAAAAAACUAAUACGCAAGUUAUCCAGAAAUUAUAUUUUUGUGAUUAAACUUAAAACAUAUUUUGGUUGAUUUUUGUGCAGAUCAUGCUGCAUAUUAAUAUCACCUUAAGAUUUCUUCCAAAACAGUGACCAGAAAUUAAAUGUGAACAGUGAAGUGGGAAGGGAGACGUCACAAGUGGCAUCCUUGAAAAUCCCCUAAUUAGUCAAGGGAGAAAGGUAAGGGAAGACUUUGCCUGUUUAUUAGUGGGAAUAAACACCUGUGACAAUUCAGAAGUAAUAAUAAUAAUUAAUAAAUGUUUUCAUGCACUGCAGCACUAAGAGCUUUCGAGUAAGCAAAGCAGAGCACUACAAAUCCCACCUGACUAACCUCCAUCACUUCCAGCUAUGCACACACUGACUCGCAUUCAGUUGGUCUGUUAGUUAACUUUUGACUCCCGUGCUCUCCGUUUCCCACUUUUUUUUUUUGUUUGUUUGUAAACUAUACUUCUUGUAAUAAUAUCAGGAGAAAAAUGACAUGUCUUUGCUCUUCUGAAGAGUGAAUACCACAUUUCCGUAAGCCUGUUUCUUUCUGUGUUGUCGUGUCAUCUCUAGCUGGGUCUGCCUUUGACUUUAGAGAAUCAUGGAGCCGUGCUGCUUGAAUGGCCAGGUGACUUUAAAGCCCAACAUUGUAGCCCCAGCACAGGCUCCCUGGGUUAUACUGAAGCAAUUUUCUAAACCUGGCAAUCGUUUCCACGUGGCAACGAUAAUGCUUUUCCUUUGAAACUCUUUAUGAUGGUGCUAAUAAAAAUGAAAGCUCAUUGGUUGAAUCUGUUACCUGGGAUUUUGUCCAGUUUCCUACCUUGCAUCCAUUGCUGCCAGAAUGGAAUCUUGGCCCCCUGUGUCUGAUUUGAGAAUGAAUAACUGUUGCUUUGUUAGAUAGCAUGGAAACUGUAAAUUACCAUUCAGUGUUUUUGAACAAUUUCUCUUAACUAAGCCAGUCAUUCUUUGACAGAACUCCAAUAAAGGUGUGCUUUACAGUAA